CCCCGGCUUCCACCGGCCGGUGGGUGACAUCAGGCGGCCUCCGGGCCGAGGGGUGCCCGUGUCCGGGGCGCUGUGCCCGGGGAGCAGCGCCCAGUCCCGCUCCAGUCCCCUCCCGCAGCGUCCCCGACGGAGGGCGCGGGGAGGACGCGGAGACAGCCCCGUCACGGGAGGAGGAGGCAGCGACGAAGAGGAGGAGGAGGAGGAGAAGCCGGCGCUGAGCCUCGCCUCUCUUCGCCUCGCAGCCUCUUCACCGUUGCCACUUCGUCGUCCCUGGCCGCCGGAGAUACCGGCGGCCGCCCGUCCUCAUGAUGGCCUCAACCGCCACCUGCACCCGGUUCAGUGACGAAUACCAGCUUUUCGAGGAGCUCGGCAAAGGGGCAUUCUCCGUCGUGAGGAGGUGUAUGAAAAUCACCACAGGACAAGAGUACGCUGCCAAAAUUAUCAACACCAAAAAGCUUUCAGCUAGGGAUCACCAGAAACUGGAAAGAGAAGCUAGAAUCUGUCGCCUCUUGAAGCAUCCUAAUAUUGUGCGGCUUCAUGACAGCAUAUCAGAAGAAGGAUUCCAUUACUUAGUCUUUGACUUAGUCACUGGAGGUGAAUUAUUUGAAGAUAUAGUUGCAAGAGAAUAUUAUAGUGAAGCAGAUGCCAGUCAUUGUAUACAGCAGAUUCUAGAAAGUGUUAAUCAUUGUCAUCUAAAUGGCAUAGUUCACAGAGACCUGAAGCCUGAGAACUUACUUCUAGCCAGCAAAUCCAAGGGAGCAGCAGUAAAACUGGCGGACUUUGGAUUAGCUAUAGAAGUCCAAGGAGAACAACAGGCUUGGUUUGGCUUUGCUGGUACUCCAGGAUACCUUUCUCCAGAGGUUUUACGGAAAGAUCCUUAUGGAAAACCUGUGGAUAUGUGGGCAUGUGGUGUCAUUCUGUAUAUCCUUCUGGUGGGAUAUCCUCCAUUCUGGGAUGAAGACCAGCACAGGCUUUACCAGCAAAUCAAGGCUGGUGCUUACGAUUUUCCCUCACCAGAAUGGGAUACAGUGACUCCUGAAGCAAAAGACCUUAUCAAUAAAAUGCUUACUAUCAACCCAGCAAAACGUAUCACAGCAUCAGAAGCACUGAAGCAUCCAUGGAUCUGCCAACGCUCUACUGUUGCCUCUAUGAUGCACAGACAAGAGACUGUAGAUUGCUUGAAGAAAUUCAAUGCAAGAAGAAAACUAAAGGGGGCCAUUUUGACAACUAUGCUGGCUACCAGAAAUUUCUCAGCAGCCAAGAGUUUACUGAAAAAGCCAGAUGGAGUUAAGGAGUCAACAGAGAGUUCCAAUACAACCAUUGAAGAUGAGGAUGUGAAAGCUCGUAAGCAGGAGAUUAUCAAGGUUACCGAGCAGUUGAUUGAAGCUAUCAACAAUGGGGACUUUGAAGCUUACACAAAAAUCUGUGAUCCAGGCCUUACAUCGUUUGAACCUGAAGCGUUGGGUAAUCUAGUGGAAGGGAUGGACUUUCACCGGUUUUACUUUGAAAACGCUUUAUCAAAAAGUACCAAACCAAUCCACACCAUUAUCCUCAAUCCUCAUGUGCACCUGGUGGGUGAUGAUGCUGCUUGCAUUGCAUAUAUCCGGCUCACACAGUACAUGGAUGGAAGCGGGAUGCCAAAGACUAUGCAGUCAGAGGAAACACGUGUCUGGCACCGUCGUGAUGGAAAGUGGCAGAAUGUUCAUUUUCACCGUUCAGGGUCACCAACAGUACCUAUCAAUGCCUAGCACAGCGGGAUCUCAAUCAUGACUUCGUCCCCUGAUGCGACGCUAAAAUAUCAGCGAUACCGCUCUUGCAUUUUCUGUACCCAGUGCACCUGGUUGAUUACCAUCUUGGCCAUCCCGUUCUCUUCAUGCAUGUCUCUGAGUGCAUGAAGUUGUGAAGGUUCUUCAUGUAACACAUUGUGAUACACCAUGUUGCUGUAUGUACCAUCUGUACACUGUUAACAUUUCAAUGAAGGUGAUGUUCCAUGCAAAUAGAGUAACAAGGCUUAAAAGACAAAAAAUGUUUGAUAGACAGCAGUAGAUAUGGAAUACAUGUGUCACUUUCUCCGUUUAUGCCAAGUUUUGACAGAGAACUUUAAAAAUAACCCUGUUUAUUAAAAAAAAGGAAAAAAAGGGAAAAGUACAUUUUACCCUCAUUUUUUAAGAACUGGUUUUUGACUCCUUCUCCCCCAAGUCCCAAGAUUUUGCUUUGGUUCUGAUAGGAUUGGUUAGGAUUUCUGCUGGCAGCUCCGUUACUGUAAAGCAGAUUUUAAUUACAGCAUGUAGAUGGACAAAAUUACUGAUAAAUGUGGAAGUGAUGGUACCUUGGCUUUGUACCAGCUGAAGCCUUCUUAGUUUAUUAGUCUGUGUAAACUGGAAGAAUUCCAUCGGUUGCUGGCUUGAUCACAACAGAAUUAACUGCUGAUGUUCUAGUGAGCCAGCAGCUUCUUUUUUUUCCUUUGAGUCUCUACCUUUUCUUCCUUACUGUGCUAGUUGAAGAUUUCUAUUGGAUGGCUAAGCCGAAUUAAAAACUGUAAGGAACAAAGUAAUGAUUGAGGGUCAUUUUCUGAGGAUUCAGAUGAAAAAAAAUAGAUUUUUAUCACUUCUAGGGUGUACUAUAAAUUUUUUAGGAAGUCUUUAAAACAUAUAACAUUUUGGUUAAGCUGUAGACCGGUUGUGUGGUUAAUACACUCCAGAAAUAUUAGGCCUUAAAAGCUUAGUAUGAAGACUUUACUUAGUUUACACUGCUGCUCUUGCUUCUCUGGAAAUGUGUUAUAGAUACACCAGGUUUCUAGUAAGACUCUCAUGCUGUACCACAGAUCGGUUUCUCCCCCCUCAAUCUGCUCUUGGUUUCUCGACGUCCUCACACAGCAUACGGCACCAAAGGACAACAGUUCUUGCAGCAUCACCACCUUGGCUUGGUUGCUGGACACUGAUAACCCUGCACGCAGAGUGCUCGCGGUUCCAGAUGCAAACUUUGUAACAGGGACUACUUUUGCUUCCCUUCCAUUGCUGUGAAAACACCCCCCUGCAAGCAGUUAGGUUUAUUCCCUUUCAGUUCUUGAAAUGGAAAAGUUUCCUAAUAUGUACCCUUUCACCUUUUUGUGUUGAUUACUAAUCAAAAGCAGUUCUUAAACAUUUUGAUGUUGUUACUAGUGGAUGUAUGGUAGAUGGAUUUAAGCUUCUCUGAUAAUUACUUCAUGAUUUUAAACAAUAUAUAUUUAAAAUAAGCAUCUACAAUAAAUGUGUUGAGCCAUAUUAACCUGCCAAUGGGAUCUGUGAUAAAAGUAAUGGCCUCAUUUUUUCUGAUUUGUUUUUUUUUGGGUUUCUUUUUAUUUGUGAAGCAGCUAUAAGUGGCAUAACUGUAUUUAAGAUUAACAAAUUAGGUGUAGGGUGUUUUUUUUAUACUUAUAACAUAGCAUGUGGUGUUGACAUAAUACUAUAGACCAAGUUUGUCUUCCACACCAAGAUGUGAGGAAAUUGUGAUUUGUUCUCUCCACCACAACCAAGUUAUACACUUCUGUCAUUUUGGAACACUGCAGUUUACCAUGGGACACAGUGUACAUAUUUCUUGCCAUAAUGGUAAAUGAUUGAUAUAUAUUUAAGGAUUAAUAAAUUUGUGAUUUCUGCUGA